CAACACAAAAUCUAUAAUCAGUCAGGUGACGAGCCCCUUGUGACAGUUCCUCAUCUCAUUCUUCGCAAAAUAAUUCACAAAAAUAUCAGUAUAAAUCCUAAAAAAUGGCCCUCCAAUCCGCUAUUAAGGGAAAGCUGAUCAGCGUCAUCGGAGAUGAGGACACCUGCGUUGGAUUCUUAUUGGGUGGUAUCGGUGAAAUCAACAAGAACAGACACCCAAACUUCAUGGUUGUCGACAAAAACACCCCCGUCAGCGAGGUAGAAGACUGCUUCAAGCGGUUCAUCAAGCGGGACGACAUCGACAUCAUCCUCAUCAACCAGAACGUCGCUGAGCUCAUCAGACACGUCAUCGACGGGCACACCGCCCCUGUACCCGCUGUGCUCGAGAUUCCAUCCAAGGACCAUCCUUAUGAUGCCAGCAAGGACUCGAUCCUGCGCCGCGCUAAGGGCAUGUUCAACCCCGAAGACCUGGUACGUUGAGUGUAACUUAUUGCAUGUUGUGUGCUGCUCGCGGCACCUGUACAUACGCUAAUGCCGACCUCAAGUUGACUCGUCAAUAACUAACUCUGCAAUUCGACAUUAAUACCGUUUAACAUUCCAACGUUUUGAAAAAGUGUCAUAAAGAAAAAUAUUCUUAAUAAAAUUACUGUGUCUCGGUUCUGGGUUCGCCGAAUGUCGGUAGCCUGGCGACCGCUUACUUAUUAGAUGAAAAAAUGUGAAAGCCUUCUAAUAAAAAUGGAAAUCUCUAUAUGUAGUCACGUUUCUAAAGGUUAUUUGUAUUGAAUAGGAAAUGCAAACCGGUUUUUAUUUGUACGAAAUUUCGGUUAUUAACCGGUUUUUUCUUCUUCAUACAAUUAAAAACCGGAUUGAAAUACCUAGUAUUGAGUGAAAUUUUUUAGUUGAUACAAGAUAUAUGGUGCUAUUUUCAACCAAAAGGGUACUUAUCGUCGGUUGUCAAUUAGACGUUAUUACCAUAAAUCUUCAAUUUGAAAUCAAUCUUAUUGACAAACGACAACGUGGUAUAUUUUAGAU